CUGGGGUCUGUCUCAAUGCUAGGACUGCAAAAUGAGAAGAACCAACUUGAGGAUAGUGUACGAGAUCUUCAAAACAACACUGAUGUGGAAGAAAAUACAAUCCAUGCCAGGAGGAUCACCUUGGAUCCAAACACAGCGCACCCAAGAAUACGUCUGUCAGCACAUAACACUAUGAUGAUCACUUCCAGGGAAGUGCAAGACGUCCCCGACCAUCCAGGCCGGUUUGAUGUGGAUCUUGCUGUAGUUGGCACAUCUGGCUUCUCAACUGGCAGACAUUACUGGGAGGUGUCUGUAGCUGGGAGGCUUUGUUACCACCUUGGGGUGGCCAGUGAAUCUUCUAAAAGAAAGGGAGCAAUAAUGUACAAUCCGACAAAUGGUUUCUGGACCAUAGUCCUAAACAGACAGGGUCAGUACAAAGCUGUCGAUAAUAGUUUGGUUGUUAUUCCGGUUCAGACGCAACCUCUUAUACUUGGAAUUCUGCUGGACUACAAACAGGGAAAGAUCUCAUUCUUCGACGCUGGUGCCAGGACUCAUAUGUACUCAUUUGUAGGUCAAAGGUUUACUGACAAAAUCUAUCCAUUUAUCAAUUUUUGUGUUGAUGAUGUUGAAAGUCAGACACCAAUCGUGUCACUUUCUCCAAGAUCGCCCGACUGGAUAAAAUAGAGAACAGGGCAAGUUAUGUUUUGUUCUGUGUCAAAUCUUAGACAUGCAUCUCAUUUAAGGGUUUCUCAGUAGGUCAAAAAACAAUCCCUUGAGUAGUUCUCAUACAUAUUUUGGUUAUUUCUGCUGCUAAAUGUAAAAAAACAAAAAACAAAUGUACAAUGAUGAUUUUUUUUAUUAUAAGAUAAUUUGUCCUCUUGUCCAUGUAAUUCCAGGAGUUUCAAUCACUAGGCCCAGUACAGCUAAAUUAACCAUUUAGUCAAGUUAAUUAUGUUACUGCCAGAUUUAAAACCUGUUCAUUACAAUUUCACACCUUUUGGUCAAGAGAUGGUAGAGCUUCACCCAUGAUAGAAGCAAAAGUAGUGUGUGAUGCUGCCCUGGAGAAACAGGUGUAUGAAACUGAAUAAAAACAGUUUAUAUUGAAUAAACACUUGUUCUUACAAUGAAUUCUUCACAGUCACACAAACAUGUCUCUUAAGAGA